UGGAGUAAUGUAAUACAUUCGGAAAUAAACCGGAAUCGCAAGAAGCCGACAGGGAGAAGGAGAGGGAGAAGUGAAGCAAUUUACCGUCAAAAAUGGACGGAACAGUUUAAUAUGUAAUUCUAAGGGGUGAUUCAACUGGACAGAUCUUUAAAAAACAUAUAUUGUCGGUCCUUACAAAAGACAGCAAGCCGAAAAGUAGUAGCUAACGUCAGGCUAUCAAACCUGAACUGACAGUGCCUGGGUAGCAAAGUUGGCUAGCUAGCUAGCUAAGGUUAGGUGGUAGCUAGCUAACUGUUACUAACAUUUUAGAACAGUCCGCCGAGCCAGAUAGCACUGGCAUGUUAUUUUGGCUACGCCGAAACAACCGCGUUAAAAAGCCAAAGCCUUCUGUGUCCUCGCUGGUUAGUAACCUGAGUUUGAAUCCAACUCGCUAGCGGGAAAGUCUCAAGUAGGAAGCUAAUUAAUGUCAGCUAACUUACCUAACGUAGGGUAGGUGUGUUAUAGUCUAGCGUGAAACGUAUAACGUUAAAAAGCAAGUCAGUACCUUGUGAUUAAUUUUCUUGUGAAUGCUCUAGCUACAAUUUGUACGUAUAAUACGCUAGCAAACUAACAGGUGAGGCAGCAGGUUAAGUUGUCUAGCCUUCGCUAUAAUUUAGCUCGUCUUCAUAUGAGAGGUAAGGCUAGUUAGCUAGCUAGGUAACAUUAGGUAGCUAGCUAUUAAGUUAGCCAUGUCAGUUGAUCUGAAUACCUGUGUUGCGUUUUGUUGUGAUUUGUCAGCUCAAAAGGUAGCUUGCUAGCCAGCCAGCAAACGGACUUUGCUUGCUUGCCGGGUAGCCUGUAGUAUUUCUUCACAGCUCUUCACUUUUCAAGGUUGCUCGGUAUCUAGUUAGACAACCAUGCACAUUUGCUGUAAGGUGACUGUCAUUUUUGGUUCGCAAACUGGAGUGAGAGACUUGUUCCUGGUUGAAAUUAUUUAACGUUAGCUAAAAUCAACGUUGCAUAGCUAGUUAACGUCAGAUAUUAGUUAUAAUUUAUAGGUUUGCCUUUUCAUUUUUUUGUUUGAUGAACCAUAAGUAGUAGCCUAAAGAUAAGUAGUAAAGAUCUCAUUUUGUGUGGCUAGGUUGUUUGUAUAACUGUACGUUAACCCCAUGACUAGCUGCCCUAGCUAGCUGGCUAGCUAGACUCUGCAUUCACUGUAUGUUUUCUUGCAUCGUUUGCGUUUCAGUGUAUGUUUUAAUUUCCAGUCAGGAAACGUUAUUUUCCACAAAAAAUCCUCCACCAGUUGAGAAAUUCUUUCAGAUCAAGUGUAGCUAGAGAACUGACUAGCAGCGUUAGUCAACAUGUCGGGACAGAGUAUCACCGAUCGGAUCGCAGCGGCUCAGCACAGCAUGACUGGAUCGGCUAUCAGCAAAGCAGUAUGCAAGGCUACGACACAUGAAGUCAGCGGACCCAAAAAGAAACAUCUUGAUUACCUGAUCCACUGCACCAGCGAGCUGAACGUGAGCAUUCCCCAGCUGGCCGACACGCUGUUCGAGAGAACCGCCAACAGCAGCUGGGUGGUGGUGUUCAAGGCCCUCAUCACCACUCACCACCUCAUGAUGUACGGCAACGAGCGCUUCAUCCAGUACCUGGCCUCCAGAAACACACUCUUUAACCUGAGCAACUUCUUGGAUAAAGGUGCUCUGCAAGGCUAUGACAUGUCCACCUUCAUCCGACGCUACAGCCGGUAUCUGAACGAGAAGGCGCUGUCCUACAGGCUGGUGGCCGUGGACUUCACCAAGAUGAAGAGGGGCACCGAAGGGGUGAUGCGCACCAUGAACGCGGAGAAGCUGAUCAAGACCCUGCCCAUCAUCCAGAACCAGCUGGACGCGCUGCUGGACUUCCAGGCAAAUCCCAACGAGCUGACCAAUGGGGUGAUCAACGCUGCCUUCAUGCUGCUUUUCAAGGACUCCAUCCGCCUCUUCGCCGCCUACAACGAGGGCGUCAUCAACCUGCUGGAGAAAUAUUUUGAUAUGAAGAAGAACCAGUGCAAAGACGCCCUGGACAUUUAUAAGAAAUUUCUCUACAGGAUGACCAAGUUGUCAGAGUUUCUGAAAGUGGCCGAGCAAGUUGGGAUUGAUCAGGGUGACAUCCCAGAUCUCACGCAGGCUCCCAGCAGCCUCCUGGAAGCCCUGGAGCAGCACCUGGCCUCUCUGGAGGGUAAGAAGACCAAGGAGUUCUCUGCAGCCAGCAGGGCCAGCACCCUGUCCAACGCCGUGUCCACGCUGUCCAACACGGGCAUGUCCUUCAGCCGCAUGGACGAGAAGGAGAAGCAGCAGGCUCUGGAGGAGGAGCAGGCCCGCCUUCAGUCCCUUAAGGACCAGCGCUUGAAGGAGAUCGGCAUCCAGACGCCCUCGGCGUCCCCCAGUGCCCAGUCCGUGGGCAGCUCCAACAGCCACAGCGCUGGCAUGGACCUCUUCGCCAACCCCUCCGUCCCCCCAUCUGCCAACAGCGUGCCAAACCUCAGCAGCGACCUGUUUGACCUCCAGCCUGCCUUCGUCCCCGCGGUGCAGAGCACACCGUCCAUAUCCACCGCAGGCACCAGCGCCUGGGGAGGUCUGGAGACCCAUCCUCCCAGCUCCGCUGCCUUGCCAGCGAUGAAUGUAGAUUUCGAUGCUGUUUUUGGGACUAAAGUUGCCAAUAACGAUGAGAAGCCUGCAGCAGCUGGUUUCGAUGUGCUAGGGGAAGUGCUGAAGCCCUCGGUGCCUGUGCAGAGCCAGCCUCCCCCCAUGCCUGUGCACACGGGGGGCAAACUUGUGGCCAAUGACCUGGACUCCUCCCUGGCCAACCUCGUAGGCAAUCUGCAGUUUGGGGGAACACCAGCCAAAAAUUUGUUGUUCGGCGCGCCCACAUUCAGGCCCGACAUGCAGUGGACCCAGCCAGGGGAGAAGAAGCUGACCGGGGGCACUAACUGGCAGUCUAAGACCAUGACCACCACGGCCUGGACCCCCGGCCCCAUGGCCCCCGCACCCAUGCCUGUGCCACACAUGGCUCCUGCUCCGAUGGCUUUUCCCAUAACGACACCUCAAGUGCCUGUGUAUGGAAUGGUUCCGCCUCAGAUGGGGCAGAUGGGCGGAGUCCCGAUGAUGGCACCGCAGCCAAUGAUGUACAACCAGCCUGUUCUCAGACCCUCCAACCCCUUCGCCCCCAUCCCCGGAGCUCAGAUGCAGUUCAUGUAGUAACCAACAAGGGACUAGAACACCCGACGCCAUGGCAAAAACCAACUAGAAGGAGCAAAGAAGGCAAAGAAGAGACGGCAAGACUUGAAUACACCAAAUACAGGGAGGGAAAGAGAGUAGGAGAGAGGGAAAGAGAGAAGGAGACUGGCUCACACUUGUGUCUGAAACAGCCCCUCUCCCACACGCCCAGCUCCAGUCACACGUUUUUUUUAUUUAUUUAUCUGUAGGAAAGAGUUAUUAAGGUAAAAGUUCAGAUAAGGGGCAGGAUGGGUUAGUCUGGUCAACACUGAGUAGUAUAUAAAAAAGUUUGUGGUAAUAUUCUCUCCUGGUUUUGUGUUGUGGUGUUGGGUCAUUAGGUCUGGUUCCUGUGGAUGAAUCUGUUACAGUGGUAUAUAGGUGCUUUUGGGGAGGUAGAGAAGGUGUAUCAGUGCCAAACACUCUUAGUCGGGCCUGCCAGAGACCAGCCUGCUCUCCGUGAAGGUCCUAUCCCGUCAGGAUCCAGUUUUGGCCGGUUUGGACGGCCUGUUUUAAAACCUUUGGUAUUUUCUGUCCCACAUCCAGACUAUGGAAUCGAUUCUGAAAGUGAAAAGCAAAUGUUAAUGUUUUUUUUUGGGUCAAUUGCAGUAGGGGAAAGGGCUAUCAAGAGUAGGUACACCGUUACCUCAAAAGCACUUGAGCUAGGCUAUGCUAACCUCAUUCGGCAGGUCUCUGAGGCCGUUUAGUUAUGAAAAAGUUUUCAAUGCGGAAUUAAAGAAGUGUUCUGGCAGAGGUGUUUCUUCAUGUUACUGAGGCAGUCACUUCUAGGGCUUGCCCCUAAAAAAAAAAAAAAAAAAAAAAAUUAUAAUAAUUUUUUUUUUCCCGGUUCCAAUUGUCCUUCCUCACAGGACGGGGCGGGGCCCUUUGCUGCGGCUCGUGUGAUUGGUUAAGAGCGGCUGUUUCAGACAAAUGUCAGAGCGCUCGCAGUCCGAGGUCAUCGUGAAGACUCCUCCUCUUUCUUUGCUCGCGGUCUGAAAACGAGACUCCAAAAAAAAUGAUGUCAUUUCCUUUUUCGUGCUCUGUUGUAGCUUGUAAAUAAUGUUCUUCCUACAUGCCUAGAACAUGGAACCCCUCGCCCCUGUGCCUGCCCCCCUGCCCUUACCCCUCCCUGUCUUUUUUUUUUUUUAAGGUUCCCUUAGUUCACCUUUCCUUACUAAAUUAGCGUUUU